ACUUGCUCCCGACACCCGGACACGGAAGUGAGGCGCAUUUCUGCUCCUGACGGGGAUGGCUUUGUGGGUUACAACUCAGUCGAAGGUAAGGUGGUCAGCACAGGAAAGAUAUUUAAGUUCGCUACCUUCGUCGCGUCGCUCGCCGAGUCUCUUGAUUUUCCUCUCUACCGGCUCGUGCAUCAUCGUGAUCCGGUGCCUCAUCUGCCCCCAAGAGGAAGCAGAAUACGAAUCCAGGUGCACUCUCUUUAUCUCUUCGCUACCUCACUCCAUGUCCCUCUCCGGCCUUCUUCCGCCAUCGUCUCAGCUUUUGGUUUUCACCACCAACCCUUCGAGGUCUUCUACAACGAAGACCAAACUUCUUACAUCGUUUGCAAUGACUCUGGUGAGGACCUUCAGUGCUCGGAUCAAUUUUUGGUCGACUUGGAUGUUGCAGAUCAUCUGAACUACCUAGGGGUACCUAUGGGAUGAGUGAGUACGGAAAACCGUUGUGCUCACCAGAUUUUUCGCUUACCGGAACUGACGAAGGGGCACUCUUCAAGCAUGCCAUCGAGCAUGGAAAGUCAUUACGGAGAAAGAUUGGAACGUGCAAUG